AUGGGAUAUUUCGAAUAAAGAUUAUUGUUAGAAUAAACUUAGAUAAAUGUAAAUACUUUAAAAAUAUUAUAUCUAAAUAUAACAGUUGUGGCUUAUAUGAUUAAAGAAAUGAUGGGUAUGAAAAUGGGAGAUCGAUUGAGUUAAGCGAUCGAUUUAGAAUGGAUUCUUAAAUCACUCUUGAUGGUUAAUAUUAAAAUGGUUAGAAAGUUGGGAACUUUUAUUGGAAAAAUAGUAAAAUAUUUAAAUAAUGUAAGAUAAAAAUAUUAAAUAUUAUCUCUAAAUUUAAAAGUGGAGGUGGAUGGUAUGAUGAUGGAGGAGAUGAAAUCAAAAUUAAUAAAUGGGUUGAGUUUAGUGAAAAGUUUAAAGAUGAAUCUAGUAACUUCUAAUGGUGAAUAUCGUGAUGGUAAAAAACUUUGUAAUUGGGAUUUUUGCAUUGUGGAAACAAAAUAUAAAAUUAUAUUAAUAAAUAUUUAUUUCUAUAUAUUUAGAGGUGUAGGAUUAUAUGAUGAAAGAGGUUAUGGGUAUAAAAUUGGAAUUUGGAUUGAAUUGAGUGAGGGGGUUUAAUGA